AUGAGUGCCAACCCUGGUACUAGCGGCGGCGGCGGCCCAUGUGGGGCGUGCAAGUUUUUGAGAAGAAAGUGUAUUCCUGGUUGCAUAUUUGCGCCUUACUUCGACUCGGAGCAAGGCGCAGGGCACUUCGCCGCGGUGCACAAGGUGUUUGGAGCCAGCAAUGUGUCCAAGCUCCUCCUUCAUAUCCCGGUUCACAAGCGCCUCGAUGCUGUCGUCACCAUUUGCUACGAGUCUCAAGCCCGCCUUCGAGACCCUGUCUAUGGCUGCGUCGCUCACAUCUUCGCUCUCCAACAACAGGUGGCGAGUUUACAAGCCGAGCUGUCGUACCUUCAAGCCCAUCUAGCAACACUGGAGCUUCCGUCGCCGCCUCCGCCGCCAAAUUUUGCGGCGCAACCACAGGUGUCCAUCUCAGACCUGCCGUCGGCUUCCUCCCUGCCGGUCACUUACGACUUGUCGUCCCUCUUUGACCCAAUGGCUCAGCCUGCAUGGGCCAUGCAACAGCAGCGGCUCGACCAUCGCCAGUUCUCCAGUGGAGUUGCUGGCGGUUCAUCCACAACGGCGGGAGAGGGCGAUCUUCAAGCCCUGGCCCGCGCACUCCUCCAUAGACAUGGCGGUCCGCCGUGCUCCGAUGCCUCGUCGCAGCCAUCGCUCUCUAAAUGA